AUUAUUCAACAUAUCUUCUACCCACCUCAAACUCUUUUCUCUAUUUUCUUUACUCUCAUUUCUUCCCCUAAUUUCUUGCGAGAACGCAAUCCAAUCAUGUCUUUGCUUGGAGCCCUGUCCACUAUACGAGAAGUUGUUGUCUCCAAGUUCUUUGACUAUCUCUUAGACAAGUUGGGUUCUUCUGAAUUCCUGCAAUUUGUCAGUGAAAAGCAGAUUCAACUGGAGCUGCAGAAGUUGAAGAAGGAAUUGUUGGAGAUUCGUGCGCUGCUUGAUGACGCCGGGGAGAGGCAGAUCAAAGAUCAAUCUGUGAAAAUCUGGUUGUCAGACCUCCAAAACUUAGCAUACGAUGUGGAUGACAUUGUGGACGAGCUUGAAACCGAAAUUGCCAGGCGUAAUUUGAUGUUGGAACGUCAUGGUAGCUCAACUGAGAAACCUAGACUCAUUUCUGAGACAUUCAAUGUUGUUUUGUUUAACAGAGGCAUGAUGUCAAAGAUAAAAGAUAUCACUGCCAAAUUGAAAGAUUUAGAGCCUCGGAGAAAUCAGUUACAACUGAGAAUGAUUGACUGCUCGAAAUCCAACAUAAUAAAAGAAAGGCAGCAGCCUACUUCUCUGGAGAUUGAAACUCUGGUGUGUGGCAGAGAUAAAGACAAGGAGAUUAUACUUGAAUUGGUCUUCAACAGUGAUGAUGAAGGAAAUUUUGUGAUUCCCAUCGUUGGCAUGGGAGGGAUCGGUAAGACAACCCUGGCCCAGCUUAUUUACAAUGAUGCUACUGUUCGUAAUCAUUUUGAUCUCAAAGCAUGGGUUUGUGUUUCUGAAGAUUUUGAUGUCACAAGAAUAACAAAAACAAUUUUUCAAGCUGUCACUUCUGAGCCAUGCAAUGACAAUGAUUUGAAUUCUCUUCAAGAAAAAUUAAAGAAUAAGUUAUCAGGAAAAAAUUUUUUGAUUGUUUUGGAUGAUGUCUGGAAUGAGAAUUAUCAUGACUGGACCAUUUUGCAGUCUCCUUUUCUAACAAGGACUCCAGGAAGUAAAAUUAUCAUGACAACAAGAAGUUUUGCUGUUUCAUCUACAAUGGGUGCUUCUCAUUCUCAUUCUUUACAAGUUUUGUCAGAAGAUGAUUGUUUGUCUGUAUUUGCUCAACAUGCAUUGGGAGCAAGAGAUUUUGGAAGACAUCCAAAUCUAAAAGAAGUUGCUGAGAAAAUAGUGAGGAAGUGCAAUGGCUUGCCUUUGGCUGCUAAAAUCCUUGGAGGCUUGCUUCGUACUAAUGUUGACCAUGAUGCCUGGAAAGAAAUAUUAGAGAGUGAGAUAUGGAAGCUAUCAGACCUUCGGUGUGGUAUAAUUCCGGCUCUCCAAUUGAGUUACCAUCGUCUUCCUCCACAUUUGAAGCGGUGUUUUGCAUAUUGCUCCAUUCUUCCUAAGGACUAUGAAUUUCAAGAGAGAGAAAUAAUCUUGUUAUGGAGGGCAGAAGGCUUUUUACAGGAAGCAAGAGAUAAACAUAGCAUUGAAGAUCUAGGCCACAAGUAUUUUAGAGAUCUAGUAUCAAGGUCUCUUUUGCAAAUAUCAAAUAAAGAUAGAUCUCGAUUUAUUAUGCAUGACCUCAUCAAUGAUUUGGCUCAAUCAGUUGCCGGAGAAAUAUGCUUUAGAAUAGACGGUGAUCAGAAAAUUUCAAAGUACGCUCGCCACUUAUCUUACAUUGGUGGCGAGUUCGAUGGCAUCAAAAAAUUUAAAAGCUUAGUGAAGCACAACAUUUACGUACUUUUUUGCCAUUUAGGCUGUCAAAUUAUUCGAUUGCCGGAUUUCAUCGGAGAUUUAAAACACUUACGGUACCUAGAUUUUUCUCACACUCCCAUUAAGUGCUUGCCGGAGUCUGUAAGUACCCUCUAUAAUCUAGAAACCCUUUUAUUAAGGGAGUGUUUGAAUCUUGAGAAGCUACCUUCGGAGAUGGAAAACCUAGUCAACCUAUGUUAUCUUGAUAUCACUGGUGCAUAUAGCUUAGAAGGCAUGCCGAGUAAUUUUUGUACACUAAGUGAUCUUCAAACACUAUCCCAUUUUGUUUUGCAAAAGGGCAAAGGAUGUCAAAUAAGGGAGCUAGAGGGUUUACCAAAUCUCAAGGGUCAACUUUGUGUUUCAGGGUUGGAGAAUGUGGUUGAAACUCAAGAUGCAUGGGAGGCUAAGUUACAUGAGAAAUCAGGACUGGAUAAGUUAGAAUUGAAGUGGAGUGGAUGCUUUGAGAAUAGAAGAGGAGAUAUUGAGAAAAACGUGUUGCAUUUUCUUCAACCUUCCAAAAAGCUUAAGGAGCUUGCCCUCGAGUUCUAUUGUGGUGUGAGGUUGAUGGAAUGGAUAGGAGAUUCUUCAUUCAAUAAGUUACUAUCUUUAUGCCUUGAUGAUUGUCCAAAUUGCACAUCAUUGCCAUCAAUUGGGCAAUUGCCAUUGUUGAAAAAAUUACGCAUCAAGGGAUUGGACAACGUAACUAGUGUGGGAGUGGAGUUCUUUGGAAAGAAUGCGCCAAAUGCAUUUCCUUCGUUGGAGACCUUAGAAUUUGAAAACAUGCUUAAAUGGGAAAACUGGAACUUUUUUGAAGUUAACGAGGAAGCUAGGAAAUAUCCUAAACUUCGUGAGCUUAGUAUUGUGAAUUGCCCAGAACUGUUGGGGAGUAUUCCGGAAAAUCUUCCUUCUUUGGAGAAACUUGUGAUUUCUUAUUGUAAGAAAUUGGUGAUUUCAAUUCAAAGCUUUCCAAUGCUUUCAGAAUUGGAUGUUCGAGGGUGCCACGAGGUACUGUAUAAAGGUUUUAGAGACAACAGCUCAUUAAAAAGAGUGUGCUUUUCAAGAAUUCCCAAGUUUACUUGUGUAGCAGAAUGGUUGACAUUAGGAUCAAUAAAAGUAGAUUCCCUUGUGAUCGACGAUUGCGAGGAGUUGUGCUCUUUGCAAGAGAAUAAUUGGGGAUUACUAACUCAAUCUAUGUCACUUAAUGAAUUGAGUAUUGGAAAGUGGUCGCAGCUUGUCUCCAUAGGGGCAGAAGAGGAAAGAGAAGAAUUGAUGCAACUGAAGAUCCCUUGCACAAUUCAAAAACUAACAAUAAGGGAUUGUGAAAGGUUGGAAAAGCUGUCAACUACCUUGCACUUCGUCACAUCACUUAGGAUGCUAGUGCUUUGGUAUUGCCCAAAUCUGAUUUCUCUUUCAAACAACAAUUUGCCUUCGAAUCUAAAAUGCCUAAAGAUUGAAGGUUGUGUAAAUUUACGGUGUUUGUUGGAAGAGGGAGAGCAUGUUAACCUCAGUAGUGCAUGUCCUCUUGAGCAGAUGAAUAUUAGCUAUUGUCCAUCUCUGAUUUCUCUUUCGAAGAACAAUUUGCCUUCGAAUUUAAGAAGCCUAAAGAUUGAAUGUUGUGUAAAUUUACGGUGUUUGUUGGAAGAGGGAGAGAAUGUUGACAUCAGCAAUGCAGGUCUUCUUGAGCAGUUGGAUAUUAAGGCUUGUCCAUCUCUGGUAUCUUUAUCAUCAAAAGGGGAGUUACCUACGAGGCUUAAACAACUGGCAAUAUACAGUUGUGAAAAGCUAGAGUCCAUAGCUCAAGAAAUUCAAGAUAACUCUUCUCUUGAAAGUAUUAUUAUAAAGUGGUGCAGUAAUAUUAAGUAUUUACCUCAAGGAUUGAACAAGCUCAGCCAUCUCCGGUGCAUACACUUGGGUAAUUGUUCAAAUUUGGUCUCCUUUCCAGAAAGUGGUUUGCCAACCUCAAACCUCAAAGUGCUCUGCCUCUAUUCAUGUGAAAAACUCCAAGCUCUGCCAGACUGUAUACACAACCUCAGCUAUCUAGAAGAAUUAGAAAUAAAAAAUUGCUCAAGUCUGACAUCCUUCCCAGAAGAGGGCAUUCCUACUAAUCUCAGACAACUUACCAUCGAAGGACCCAACAUUUGUAAGCCACUAAUUAAGUGGGGAUUGCAUAGACUCACUUCUCUUAAAUCUCUCAACAUUUCAAAUGUAUUGUUUCCACAAGAAGAGAUACAAAUGACGCUGCCCUGCUCUCUCACCCAUCUCACCAUCAUCAAUUUUCCAAAACUAGAAACCCUAUCCUUCAAGGGCUUUCAUGACCUCACUUCUCUAGAGUACUUGUCCAUUGAUUCUUGCCCAAAUCUCAUGUCUCUUCCGGAAAAGAAAAUGCUUUCUUCACUUUUGCAGCUAUAUAUUUGGAUAUGUCCAGUGCUAAAAGAACGGUGUGAAAAGGAUAAAGGAUCAGAGUGGUCCAAGAUAGCCCAUAUACCUUGUGUGGAAAUUGAUAACAGACACAUCCAUGAUUCCUGCUAA